AUGAAGUCGCUCGUCUUCUCUACAUUCGCUGUGCAGGCUCUAGGCCAUGCGAUCUGGCAGGAUCUGUGGGUCAACGGCGUCGACAAAGCCAGCACCUGUGUGCGCCUACCUGGUACGAGUUAUGUCUCCAACUCGCCGGUCACGGACACCGUCUGUACUAACAUCAACACACAGAGUGUGUCCUCGAACGACAUACGCUGCAACGCCGGCGGUUCCAAGGGCGUAGCAGGCAAAUGUGCCGUCACAGCAGGCGACACUGUCACUGUCGAGAUGCACCAGCAGAACGGGGACAGGGGCUGCAAGAACGAAGCCAUCGGCGGUGCACACUAUGGCCCUGUCAUGGUAUACAUGAGCAAAGUCGACGACAGCAGCAAGGCUGAUGGGAGCAGUGGAUGGUUCAAAGUGUACGAGAACGGCUGGGCGGCAGCAAACAAGGGUGCGGCCGACAACGACAACUGGGGUGUCAAGGACUUGAAUACAUGCUGCGGGAAGGUCGACGUCAAGAUCCCCACCGCACUGGCUGCUGGAGACUACCUACUUCGUGCUGAGGUCAUUGCCCUUCACACUGCUGGGUCAUCAGGAGGAGCGCAGUUCUACAUGUCUUGUUAUCAACUCACCGUCUCUGGCACUGGCACCCUCAGCCCUCAGACCGUAAAGUUCCCAGGCGCAUACAAAGCUUCUGACGCCGGUAUAAUGAUCAACAUCCACUCUUCUGUUAGCAAGUAUGUUAUCCCUGGCCCAGCCGUGAUUGCUGAGGGCCAGACGGUAGUGCCGGGUGCUCCUGUGUGCCCAAAGGCAAAGAUGAUCAGGGGUUUCAACAAUCUUCUCGGAUAG